CGGCGCCAAUUCGGCGUCACAGCUCCGGGCUGACGGGCUCCUUCCGUCCCGCUGUCAGCUUGGUAGUUCCCUCCAGUCGGAUACCCCAAAACGAGCCCGGACUCCCGGGGGUAGGCUCUCCUUGGUUCCCCCACCGCCGCGUCCUCCCUACACUUCUUCUUCUUUUUUUCCCUCCCGGAGAAAUGAGGCGGAGGGAGAAACGAUUGCUGCAGUUCGCCGGGCUUCUCAUAGCGGCUUUCCUCUUCCUACCCAACGUCGGCUUGUGGUCGUUGUACCGUGACCGGCUGUUCGACAACCCGCCGGACGCAGCGUUGGCGGUGGACGGGCCGGGCGUUGGACCGCAGCUCCAGAGUGUUCGCAGACUGCGGAAGGAGAAUCAAGUGGUCCAAAAUGGUCUGAAGAGGAAAGACUGGCACGAUUACGACGCAAUCAGAAGGGAUGCCUCCAAAUCUGGUAACGGCGAGCAGGGGAAGCCGUUCCCCCUGACGGACGCCGACCAGGUGGACCAGGCCUACAGGGACAACGGCUUCAACAUUUACGUCAGUGACAGGAUCUCCCUUAAUCGCUCCAUCCCCGACAUCCGUCAUCCCAACUGUAAACAGAAGCUGUACAGCGAGAAGCUGCCCACCACCAGCGUCAUCAUCCCGUUCCACAACGAGGGCUGGUCGUCGUUACUGAGGACCGUCCACAGCGUCCUCAACCGCUCGCCACCGCAGCUCAUCGCCGAGGUCAUCCUGGUGGACGACUUCAGCGACAAAGAGCACCUGAAGGCUGCGCUGGAUGAGUACAUGAUCCGCCUGCCCAAAGUGCGCAUCCUCAGGAGCAAGAAAAGGGAGGGUCUGAUCCGGACCCGUCUGCUGGGCGCCGCCACUGCCAAGGGCGAAGUCAUCACCUUCCUGGACUCGCACUGCGAGGCCAACGUCAACUGGCUGCCUCCGUUACUCGACCGAAUCGCCCAGAACCGCAAGACCAUCGUGUGCCCGAUGAUCGAUGUGAUCGACCACGACGACUUUGGGUACCGGACGCAGACGGGCGACGCAAUGCGCGGGGCCUUCGACUGGGAAAUGUACUACAAGCGCAUUCCCAUCCCCGCCCGGCUGCAGAACGACGACCCCAGCGAGCCCUUUGAGUCUCCAGUGAUGGCGGGAGGGCUGUUCGCCAUGGACAGGAAGUGGUUCUGGGAGCUGGGAGGGUACGACACGGGUCUGGAGAUCUGGGGAGGAGAGCAGUACGAGAUCUCCUUCAAGGUAUGGAUGUGCGGCGGCUGCAUGGAGGACAUCCCGUGCUCCAGGGUGGGCCACAUCUACAGGAAGUACGUCCCCUACAAGGUGCCCGGAGGGGUCAGCCUGGCCAGGAACUUGAAACGCGUAGCCGAGGUGUGGAUGGACGAGUACGCCGAGUACAUCUACCAACGGCGGCCCGAGUACCGCCACCUGUCUGCGGGCGACAUAACUGCGCAGAAGGAGGUGCGGCGCCGGCUCGGAUGCAAGAGCUUCAAGUGGUUCAUGAGCGAAGUGGCUUGGGAUCUGCCGCAGCACUACCCGCCCGUGGAGCCCCCCGCUGCCGCCUGGGGCGAGAUACGAAACGAGGCGAGCAACUUGUGUAUGGAUACGAAACACUUUGUGUCAGGAAGCCCCAUCUGCCUGGAAACCUGUGCCAAGGCGCGGGGCGAAGUCAGCUUGAGCCAUAGGCAGGUGUUCACAUUCGGUUGGCGCGAGGACAUCCGCGUGGGCGACCCCAUGCACACCAAGAAGGUUUGCUUCGACGCCGUCUCGCACAGCAGCCCCGUCACGCUGUACGACUGUCACGGCAUGAAGGGAAACCAGCUGUGGCGCUACCGCAAGGAUAAGAGCUUGUACCACCCGAUCAGCAACAGCUGCGUGGACAGCAACGCGACCGAGCGCCGCCUCUUCAUGAACACUUGCGACCCCUCCUCGCCCAGCCAGCGUUGGCUCUUCGAGAAGACCAACACCACCGUGCUGGAGGGCUUCAACCGCCAAUCGGCCGACUGAAGUCGAUCUACCGGUACCACCUGCUGCUGCUGUUUACUAUCCGUCCGGUCCGGGGGCGUGGUGGGGCUGCCGCCCUCGUGGGCCCACGUUUGAUUGAUGGGGUUUGACGCCGCCUCGGACAGAUGAGUUCCUCCUCUUGCCUAUUUUUCACCCCUUUCACCGCCUUAUUUUUCCUGCCUUUUCGUCACCGCCGUGUUCCUUAUCUCGUCUCCGUCCCUUUCACGCCUCACCGCCUCUAUCGGCCGCCCCCUUGGCCGUAUCACCAAAGUGCUGGUGAAGCCAGGCAGAACCGCUCAGAAAAUCACCUGCAGAAGGAAUGCAACCCACCUUCACCCUUCACCCCUCUGCCCUCGCUGUCGUCCCCCCCCCGCCCCCCAUUUCUUGACUUUCUCGAUGUCACCGCGCGCUGGAAAGACCCCCGUCACAGGUGGAGGAGCUUGGGGUCGCACCGUCCCGUCCGGUUUGGCCUGUGAUUGGCAGGGAACGGGGUGACUGGGUUGGUGGGUGGGGCUCCAGGGUGCGACUUUAAUGCACUUGUGAUAAACUUGAAUGAAAUAUUAGUGCCUUGUUGAACGUUUUAGGCGUGUGUGUUUGUGUGGUGAGAGUGCGUGUUCACAACGGAAAAACUCAUUUGACCAAGGGACAGUGAACACACUGCUCCGCAGAAUGAAUUGAGUAAGAAUGUUCCUUUUCCUCAUCAUGAUGUGAUUGAUGCUCUGCUUGAUUUAUGUCGUCUGGUCCAAAGUUUAUUUAUAGAACAGGAAAUUUGUUUUGACUUUUCUUUUCUUUUUUUUUUUUUUUUCAAUUUUGGGAAGCUCAGUAUGCAUUUUCUGGCCUGUUUGAUCACUUCCACGUGUUAGUUAUUUGGCCUAAGGUGUAUUAUUAGGUUGAUUUUGCAUUUUGCACAUUGCGCAACUGUUUCCCAUUUAUUGCAUUAACUGCAUUAACCAGCGUCUUUCAAGGCAUUUAUUGCCAGCCAUUUAAGAGCAUUUUGACUGGGAUUUCAAGACCCACAGAAUAUUGUGUUCUGUGACAUUCCAAGCUUCGAACCUACCAGGAGAAAGAGUGGAAUCUCUUCUUUCUCCUCAAAAAAAGUUUAUUUCCACUUUAUUCUGUUCUUUAGUCAUCAGCAGUAGAACACGGGUCGGUGUCACCAAAAACACUGGUUUCUUACCAAAAAGUGGAGAAGACCCUCUUCCACAGCAACCCGUUAAAAAAAUGUACUUGACGAAUAUAUACGUCGGAGGCAGUAAACGGUUGCAUUUCAAUUGACUUUUAGUUGUAGAAAAUCAAGCUAAACUUUGCUCCUUACUUGCAUUUGUUCCUGCCGAUAUUGUUAUGAGUGUGCAUUAGCUAUUUGUCAGGCUAAGGUUGGUGUUUGUGAAUUUAUUUCACAGAACUCUUGACUGUGGCAAUUCUUUUCAAACCUUGCAAGGGGCGCUGCUGUCUGAGCAUUUGGGGAUUGUGUCAGGGUCCCGUUAAAGUACACAACCGACUGUGUAUUUUCACCAGGAUAUACACGCUUCCAAAAAUUGGUAAGUUGUCUGGCAUGUUGAGACCCCGAAAAAUGUAAUUCAAUCAAAAACAAAACGAUGAGUCCAAGAUUUGGGAGAUAAGUUCUUUUUGUCAUUUUCUUUACUCCAUAAUGUCUCAAAACUGUGCUUAAAUUGAUAUUAUGCAAAUUUGUCACCAUAUCAAUUAAUUUCUUUUUUUGGAGGGGGGAGUCAGUAUGAAAACUUUUUUUGUUUGUUUGUUUUUUUAUCCUUUUUACUGUGCGAUCAAAACAAUUCAGCAAAGGAACGAAUGUUACUUUGUGCGUUUGUGUCAUGUGACCAAUUUGUGUGUAGCCAAGUGUACAUUUUGUGCAGCGUGAAUGAUGAAAUCUCGAUGAUUAUUUUCUACUGAUGUUGAGAAAAGUGGUUUAAAAAAAAAAAAAAGGUUUAUUUAGAUAUUUAACAAAGUGUACGAUGAAGCUGGAAUUGAAUGAUAUUUUUGCUGAAACUGUAAAAAGGUAUAAAAAUAAAAGGUUUCUAUAUUCAAUGAAAAACAUCCUUGUUAGAAAUGUGUGUGUGGACUUGACACAUGCAAUUAAUGUAUUAUUUUCGCUGAAAAAUAUUUUGAUCAUCUGU